AUGGUGGGCCACCAGACGGCCAUCAAGAGCGUGAAAUAUGAAACUCCAGGGGAGCAUUGCGAGAGAAUACGGUUCAUUGGCUCCAGCGUCACGUCUGAGAAAACCAGAGGAUGUCCUAUGGCCGGAAAUGAAAUCGUGGACGAUGAUGGACAUGAGCAGAUCACGUUCAAAGUCACUACCCCGACAUUUUUCACCCGAUUUUUCCACUACAAUUCGCCCCUUGCUGCCAUCAGAAGUGAGCUUCUCGAUGACGAAAAAACUCGAACAGUCUGGUGUUCGCAUCCCGAGAAAUUCGCAUCCCUAUUCUCUGGAACCCAAAAGGAAGAAUAUCUCGAGUCUCCGGAUUGGCGCUGGAAAGUCAUCAAAAGUCUCAGAACUGCCCCGCUGGCAACCAACUUUCCUCGAAAAGUGCGUUAUGAGCCAUGCAAGGGAUUAUCUGCGACAGAUAUUCUGGUUUUACAGCUUCUUCCCAAAGAUAAAAUCGAUGUCUACAGACGCGACCUUCUACAGGUAUUUCUCAGCUACUGGUUGGGUUCCAUCUCGUGGCCUGUGAACACAGACUUUGAGCUGCUUGGCCUGAGUGGUGAUGGUAUGGUUACUGUAUACGAGGCAUUUUUCAAGACUGUUCUUGUCAUUUUGAUGCUUUUUGUAUAUGAUGAAACCAUGAGGCAGUCAGCUGCAGUCUGGUAUCUACCUCUUGGAUUGUUCGCAUUGGGAGGUCUAAACAUCUGGGCAUUCCUAUUAGAUAGUCCCGAGCUCCAGUGGUUCAUGAUCGUCGAUGGCGGACCGUGGACGGCGCUCCAUAAGUAUUACUAUGCGCCCUACACAAAGCUCUUCGUCUGGAGCCUCUACGACAUCUGGCAGAAGCUGCACAGCCACACCGUCUUCGCCCCGGAAUACCUUCUCAACUCGCACCCGCACGAGGACCACUACGAGGAGCUGAUGGACCUUCUCAAAUCCUCACUGCCCGACGAGUUCCAGAUACACGAGACAAGUCCCAUGUACUUCAACUCCUUCAUCCUGCCCUACCAGCAGCCCACGCCUAAGGCCGGGAGCGUCCAGGAGACGAGAGACUAUCUCGCUGGUACGAACAAGCAGACGGUGGCGUUUGUGGGCGACAAGCCCCCCGUCAUCCCGGAGCCCGGCUUCCACAUGCACGCCACCAUGGAGUUGUUUACGCUGGCCAGGAUCGACCGGAGCCGCUUGUCCAUCACUGAUGGCUACCAAUGCCCCCUCGACUUUGGCUCCUAUGCCUUUAUCAAGACCAAGACCAAGACCACCGAAGGCCCUCAUGUCUCUGCCUCAGCCUGUCACGACAAGAACAAAAACACUGCCCUGUACUUCACCCCGGAGGCCGGGCUUCGUCUCUUAAACAGCCCUAACUUCUCUCUCAAGCUUAACUACGGUGCCGGUGCCUACUCCGGCACGGUCCGGUACGAGGGCAAGGGCCUCGGCAUCGCCAUUGCCGAUAUCAAGACCCCGCCCCUGACCCUCCAGCACAAGAACAAGUACUUUCACAUUCGCGGCUUCACCAUCACCAAGGCCAUGCACGAUGCCGGCAAGACCCGCCGGCUGACCUGCCGGCUAUCGACUACAACUUGCCUGGCCACGAUCACAACAACCCCAAGAAGCCUAAGGAACCCGACAGGUGGCUGA